UUCUGCCAGUUGAGCUGUUGCUUUACAGCAGUCAACAGCAGCUUAUCCCGCAAAUCCACAGGCAAGGACCCGGAUCCGGGCGCCAGUGUCCAGUGUCCAGGUAACCAACCUGAGGCAUCUUGUGACCAGCCAAUGAUCAGUGUGACCACCCAGGGAUGCAACAAUAAGACCAGCUUUUAACGAUGACUGAUUACAAAAAUGGCAGCAGCCCGGCCAGCAAUAACAACAAUAUCAACAACAACAACAACAACAGCAGCAGCAACACCGGCGCACUUAGACUAAUACUGCCCAAGGAGCAGGCCGCGACGCCGCCGCAACUAACAAAGUAUGAUGAACAGCCACCCAAGCAGACAAAAACAACAACAACAGCAACAGCAGCGCAUCCAGAUAAGCAUCCCGCAAAGAAGAAGCGGCGGGACAAGAGCGACCUGGGCGAUGAUUUUGUGGCGCCCGAUGGCGGCUGGGGCUGGUUGGUGGCCGUCGCCAGCGGCAUCAAUAUUCUGGUCACUUUCGCGCUGGCGCAACAGUUUGGCAUCAUCUUUCGCGCCCGGUUCGCCAGCCUGGGCAUCAGCAACUCGGAGCUGACCACAAUUAUCAACACACAGAUAGCCGUCUCAGCCUUCACAGGUCUGCUGAAUGGUCCAUUGUUCCGUAGGUAUACGUACCGGCUGGUGGCCCUGGUUGGCUCGGUGCUGACCUUUGUGGGCCUGUUUUGGAUGGUGUUUGCCGAUACGUUCACAUUGUAUCUGCUAAGCUUCUCAAUCAUUUACGGCUUUGGACGCGGCCUGACAGUGUCCGCAUCCUCGCUGGCGGUCAACACGUACUUCAAGUCGAAGCGACGCACGGCGACCGCGUAUCAGUUCGGCGUCGCCGGGCUGGGCCCCAUAGUGUGCCCAUACUUUGCCACCUUCAUGCUGCAGCAGUUCGGGGUUCAGGGCACGACAAUGCUGUUUGCCGGCGCCUCGCUGCACACGAUCGCCUGUUCGCUGAUCUAUCAGCCGGUCAAGUGGCAUGUGGUGAAGCGGGACAAGGAUGCAGAGGCGCUGCAGCCGCCCAAGUCGCAGGCGCUUGUCGAGGACGAGGACGAGGAUAUCAUCAAGCAUGUGGUCGAGCCCGAAACGCCAGUCUUGCCACGUGCCAACGAUGGCUGGUUCGGUUCGCGUGCCUCCCUCAACAGCAGCGGGACGCGGAACCGGCUUAACAGCUGGGACAAGCAACAGGGUGGCGAGCGCGGCCAUUUGGAGCUGAGGCGACUCAGUAGUCGUGACUCUGGCGGGCGGCAGCAUCGCAGCAUCUCCGUUAGCCACAGCAUCAAGGAGGAGACGCAGGAUCAGGACGUUGCCGAUUAUGAUUUUGAGAAUCAUGAGCAAACGCAGCCGCUCAAGCCACAGCUGCUGACGGCCAAGCAGCUGCAACAGCUGGAGGACGAGCAGGAGCAGGAGCGCCGCAAGAAGCUGCCCUUCUACCAGAAGAUUGUCAUCUUCUUCGAUCUGGAUCUGCUGCGCGACAUCACCUAUGUCAAUCUGGCCGUGGGCAUCACAUUGAUCAACUUUGUGGAAAUCAAUUUCGCCAUCUUAACGCCCUUCAUCCUUAGCGAUCUGGGCUUCAACAGCAGCCAGAUAGCGUUCGCCAUGUCGCUGCUGGGCUUCUUCGAUCUGGUCAUACGCUUCCUCAUACCGCUCAUCACGGCCAAGUUCAGCUGGAGCAAUCGCACCUUCUUUGUGGUGGGCAUUCUGGGCAUGUGCCUGGGCCGUGUUCUGCUAUCGAUGACCACCAAUUUCUAUGUGAUGGUGGCCAUAUUUCUGUGGCUCGGCCUGAACAAGGCAUUCCGCACCGUCUUCUGGUCCCUGAUCAUACCCAGCUAUGUGCCGCUGAAACGUUUGCCGGCCGCCGCCGGCCUCCAGCUGCUGAUGUCAGGCACAUUCUCGAUGGCAUUUGGACCUGUGAUCGGUCUGAUACGGGACAAUACCAGCUAUGCGUUCACCCUCAACUGUCUCAAUGCGCUCUGCGUGAUGGCCAUAGCCCUCUGGUAUUUGGAGGAUUGCAUUCGUGCCCGCCGUCGCAAAUCGCCGCCGGUCACCGAUGCUGACUUUAAGUAAGGUGCCGCACGACCUGGACGCAUGCCUGCCUGCCGCCUGCCUGCCCACCCACCAACACCUACUUUCAUCCACCUAUUUUCUCCCAUUCACAUAACGUCUAGUUUAGCCAAGUUUUUUGAUUGUUGUCAUUUUUUUAUGAUUAUUUUAUUAUAAUA